AUGGAGACAAGCAGCUAUUUGCCAUAUGAUUUCCAUUUGCAAUCAGCAUUGUCUGAAUUCAUGGAGUUUGAGCAAACCCAUCUCUUACUUCAUCCAAAAAACAGAGAAUUCGAAGACAUAGACCCUCUUGAUGAUAUCUUAUUUGCACCAGAAGGACCCGAAUUUCCUGUAACUGAUACUUUUGACAAUGUAUUCCUUGAUUUCGAUGAAAACCCAGAUUUUCCCAUAUCUGAUGCAGCUCCACUCGUAGCUUCUCCUCCAUUUCAAGAUCAUUUUCAAAGCCACGUAGAGCCCAUUACUGAGCUGAAUCAGGAAGAAUCCCUCAAUUUUAUUACAGAAGAAUUCCAUAAUGCAUCUAAUACAAGUGGCAGCAACUUAACUGAUAUGUUAUUAUCAGCAGUAGAAGCAGUUGCAACAGGUAAUAUACAAGUAGCCUCUACCAUUUUACCCAAGCUUAGUUCUCUUUCACCAGAGCUAGAAAAUGGAGACUACCCAUUUAACAGAUUGAUUUUCUAUUUCACCCAAAGCCUUAGUAGUAGAAUUACCAGAAUGGAAACACAUGUUGAGCCCGGUCCCAUUAUUAAUGAAAGUUUGCAAGCUUUUGAGGUGCUUCAAGAUCUCACACCUUACAUAAAAUUCGCACAUUUUACUGCAAAUCAGGCCAUUUUAGAAGGGACCCAUGGAGUUACAGGCAUUCAUAUUAUAGACUUUGACAUAAUGGAAGGGAUCCAAUGGCCACCAUUAAUGGUAGAGCUUGCAUUGAGAAAUGAAGCCUUUCUUAGAAUCACAGCAAUUGUAGACUCUACGCAAGUGGAUAGAAAUUGGGCUUCAAACCAAACAACCGGACGAAGACUUGGAGAGUUUGCAAAUUCAAUUGGUUUGCCUUUUAGGAAAGUGGGUACCAUAGUUAUGUUUAUGAAAGAAGGGACACAUACUAGGAUGGAUCUCUAUGAUCUUGAAAAGCUAUGGUUUGAUCAAAUCUUGGUUGGAAAAGCCAAUGGCUUCGAGGGGCUCGAAACCGGAGAGGUACUCGUAGUGAAUUGUAUGAUGCACAUGUUGCAUAUGCCCUAUAGGAAUUCAAAUUCACGUCAGACUUUCAUGGAAGGUGUAAGAAAACUCAAACCAAGAAUGGUUGUGUUGGUUCAAGAGGAGUUGUUUAGUUUUGGGAAGGUCUUGUCACAAUCCUUUGUUGAUUUCUUUGUAGAAGCAUUUCAACAUUACCAUGCAUUGUUUGAGUCCCUAUUAAAUGGUUUCCCAAGUAGGUCCAAACUGGGUCUUGAGAUGAUUGAGGCAGCAUUUUUGGGACCUAGGAUUUUGGACUGCUUUCAAUGGUUUCCAUUGGAUAAGAGGAAGAAAGGGAGGCUCUUGGAUUAUGGGUUUCUUAUGCAAGGUUUCCAGGUCACACCCAUGAGCGCUUCCAAUAUAUCUCAAGCCAAGCUUUUAGUUGGGCUAUUUACUGGAAAUUAUGAGGUUCAACAUGAGAAUUGCAGGCUGAAAUUGUAUUGGAAGUCAAGGCCGAUAACAACAGUGUCUAUCUGGUUCCCUGUAUGA